ACUGGGUCGACUCUUGUUGUUGUAUCGGGUCGGAUUCAAAACCUUAAAAACACUCUCACGUCCCCACUCAGUCGCCCACCAUCGAAGCGCCCCCACCGCCCGAGAUUUCCAGAUUGCUCUUGCUAGGAAAUAGGAAUUUGUUGCUGAGUUUUCCAUAUGAUGGAAGCAUUUAGGAGGGCCAUAUUGCAGCCUGGCCCGCCGGAAACUUUUGCUCUCAAGAUAGUUCAAGAGGUUAUAAAACCUCAGAAACAAACAAAAUUAGCUCAGGAUGAAAAUCAAUUGCUAGAGAACAUGCUUCGGACCUUGCUUCAGGAAUUGGUGUCAUCUUCAGUACCAUCAGGGGAGGAGAUAAUGCAGUAUGGGAAGUCAAUUGAUGAUGAGAGCGAUACACAGGGUGUAAUUCCACGACUUCUAGAUGUUGUGCUCUAUCUUUGUGAGAAAGAACAUGUUGAAGGUGGUAUGAUAUUUCAGCUUUUAGAGGACUUGAACGAGAUGUCUACAAUGAGAAAUUGCAAAGACAUUUUUCGAUAUAUAGAGAGUAAGCAAGACAUCCUGGGGAAGCAAGAGCUUUUUGCUCGUGGGAAACUUGUGAUGUUGAGAACAUGCAAUCAACUUCUUCGCCGACUGUCCAAGGCAAAUGAUGUGGUAUUUUGUGGGCGAAUCCUAAUGUUUCUGGCACAUUUCUUUCCAUUGUCUGAACGUUCAGCUGUGAAUAUAAAGGGAGUUUUUAACACAUCAAAUGAGACAAAAUAUGAGAAAGACCCACCUGAAGGCAUUUCUGUUGAUUUCAACUUUUAUAAAACCUUCUGGAGUUUACAGGAUUACUUUUGUAACCCUGCUUCCCUUUCCACUGCUCCUGUCAAGUGGCAGAAAUUUACAUCUAGUUUGAUGGUUGUGUUGAAUACAUUUGAAGCUCAACCUUUGAGUGAGGAAGAGGGAGCUGAUAACAAUUUAGAGGAAGAGGCAACCACUUUCAACAUAAAAUAUCUUACAAGCAGUAAAUUGAUGGGUUUAGAGUUAAAAGAUCCAAGUUUUCGGCGCCACAUUCUUUUGCAGUGCCUCAUAUUAUUUGAUUAUCUGAAGGCCCCAGGAAAGAAUGAUAAGGAUUCAUCUGAAAGCAUGAAAGAAGAAAUUAAGUCUUGUGAAGAUAGAGUAAAGAAACUACUUGAAGUGACUCCUCCGAAGGGGAAAGAUUUUCUUUGUAGUAUUGAGCAUAUAUUGGAACGUGAAAAGAAUUGGGUCUGGUGGAAACGUGAUGGUUGUCCACCAUUUGAAAAGCAACCAAUAGAGAAAAAACCAGUUCAAAAUGGAGCUAAAAAACGUCGGCCAAGGUGGAGAUUGGGAAAUAAAGAACUCUCUCAGUUGUGGAAGUGGGCAGAUCAGAAUCCGAAUGCUUUGACUGACCCUCAACGUGUUCGAACUCCUGCCAUCACAGAUUACUGGAAACCCUUGGCUGAAGAUAUGGAUGAAUCUGCAGGAAUUGAAGCUGACUAUCACCACAAAAAUAACAGGGUUUAUUGCUGGAAGGGCCUUCGUUUUGCUGCUCGGCAAGACUUGGAAGGGUUUUCUAAAUUUACUGAACAUGGUAUCGAAGGAGUAGUUCCUUUAGAACUUCUCCCGCCUGAAGUGCGAUCCAAGUUCCAAGGUAAACCUAGUGACAGGUCUAAACGUGCUAAAAAGGAGGAGACGAAGACCUCUUCGCAUCAGGUUGAAGAAAGUCAGAUUGCAACACCUGCUAGCGAGGUUGAUGGCGAGGGAAUGAGAGCCGAUAUGGAGGCGUCUGCAGCACUGAUGGAUGCCGAUGUCACGGCUGGGACUGGAAAUAAUUCCCAAGGUGGCACUCCAACACCAGAUGAACAUCAAAAGCAAAGCCCUGAUAUUGAUGUUGGUCAAGAAGCUGGGCAAUUAGAAGCAGAUGCUGAAGUGGAGGCAGGGAUGAUAGAUGGUGAGACUGAUCCAGAGGCUUAGUCAGAUCAUGUAGGUUGAAAGGGUUCUCAGCUGUAGGUGUUAAAUUUUUGUUAAGCAUGGAAAAUCACUAAUAAUAUUAAUGUAUUAUUAUUAUUAU